AGGAGAGCAGGAGCUCCUCUCACCACAGAGUCCCACAUAGGUGCUUUGAUAAGGAUGGAGGCAUCUAUCACACUGCCUUUCAAACAGGACCUGGGAUUAGGCUGUCUGCUGUCUACUGCCUACACGAUGCAUGCUCAGGCACCUUCAACAGUGUUCAGUUAUCCAGGUGAAGGAAUGGGCUGUCACAACAUCUGCCUGUUCAACACUGCUGAUUGGCUGUAAUCAAAAAUAGCAGAUAUCCCAGAUCCAGAUUGCACAUGACCAUAGUGGUACACCUCGGUCUUUAAUUUGACAGACUCGCUGUGAUACCAGACAAAGAGAACCAGUGUUCAUUUAUUCAAUCUUAAAUUGUAAUCUUAAAUGGGUCUUAAACACACCCCAGAGGAAUUGGAGGUGACCUUCACGUGUGAGAACUACUGCAGCUCGGGGGAACAACAGCGUCUGAAACAGGAGAACGAGACUGCUGGCAGAACAAGAGUGCUGGUGGCUGAAACAGGUUUGGCCACAUGACAAGUCAACAACAGACAAUGUCACCUUGCAGACAGUGCUCUGCAGUCACCUGGGGCCAUGGCCUGGCUCUGGAGUUUGAGAGGAGACCCUGGGGAUUUGACAGGUUGACUAGCUCAUCUUCUCCAGGGGAACCAGGAGUGACCCUAUCUGAACACAGCUUCCUGCCAUGCCAUACUUCCCAACUGCAUCCAACAACCACCUCUGACUAGCACUAACACUAACCCUCACAAGCACACAAGUUGAACCAAAAGGAAAAUUAGCUUCAUGAGGAACAUCUGCAACGGUGAUUGUUACAGACGGCAGGCACAGGGUUAACAGGCCAGGCGCCUGCUCUCCUGAGGAAGAACUGCAGCUAAAGUCAUAAUUUACACUGAGGGACAGUUUCCAGUGUUAAGACUGUUUAAUGCUGAGGUCAGGGUUCAAUUUAGAAAGACAGACAGAUACACAGGGAGAGACAGGGAUACACAGAGAGAGAGAGAGACAGAGAGAGGCACUGCAGCUAUACAGUUCCUGAAUCCUUGAUCACUGUGCAUCUGUCAUUUUGUUUCUCAGAAAAGCUGGACACCACCGGAUAACUUCAUCAUCCUGUGUUUCCCAUACCCGCCCCUCCCCCGGGCCGCGGCAGGCAGGGCAGCCCUUCCACGGAGGGUGCGGCAGGGCAGACAGCAGCUGUGCGGAAAGUGCACAUGACACCGUUUCUGCUCAUCAUUCAUCCUGAACCCAUUCUGAGCUCACCAGAAGGCUGUUCUCCACUAGGACAGUUUACAAAGCAUACAUGGGAUUUCUGUAUGAACUUUAAGGAGUGGAUGAGGAGCUAGCAGAGAACACAGUCGGUCUAGCUGGAAGAUUUGAUCCACAGUCACUGCUAGUCCUCAGGUCACAGUGCCAUGAUGCAAAGGUUCGCGUUGUGUUCCCGCCUCCGAUCCAGGCCUACUCAGGCUAAUGUCUGCCCUCUCAUUACCCGGGCAGUGUCACAGACCAAGUUCCCGCUCACCCGCUCUCAUGGAAAGUCGUUUGCCCACCGCAGUGAGCUGAAGCAGGCGAAGCGCGUGGUGGUGAAACUGGGCAGUGCUGUGGUGACCCGGGGGGAUGAGUGUGGCCUGGCCCUUGGCCGUCUGGCCUCCGUCGUGGAGCAGGUGGCUGUGCUGCAGAACCAGGGCAGGGAAAUGAUGAUCGUCACCAGUGGGGCUGUUGCGUUUGGUAGGCAGAGGCUGAGGCAUGAGAUUCUACUUUCUCAGAGCGUCAGACAAGCCCUGCACUCUGGACAGAACCAGCUUAAAGAAAUGUCUGUCCCAGUGCUGGAGGCGCGGGCCUGUGCUGCUGCUGGCCAGAGUGGUCUCAUGGCCUUGUAUGAAGCCAUGUUCACACAGUACAGCACCUGCACCGCACAGAUUCUGGUGACCAACCUGGACUUCCACGACGAGCAGAAGAGGAGAAACCUGAACAGCACGCUGCAUGAGCUGCUACGUAUGAACAUCGUCCCCAUCAUCAACACCAACGACGCCGUGGUGCCCCCGCCCGUGCCCAACAGUGACCUGCAGGGGGUAAAUGUCAUCAGCAUCAAGGAUAAUGACAGCUUGGCAGCGAGGCUGGCUGUUGAGAUGAAAGCUGACCUCCUCAUCGCCCUGUCAGAUGUCGAAGGCCUGUAUGACAGCCCCCCAGGCACAGACGAUGCAAAGCUGAUAGACAUCUUCUAUCCAGGAGACCAGCAGUCAAUCACCUACGGCACCAAGUCCAGGGUGGGCAUCGGGGGCAUGGAAGCAAAGGUGAAGGCAGCACUGUGGGCGCUGCAGGGAGGUACGUCGGUCGUUAUUGCCAACGGGACCCACCCCAAGGUCACAGGUCAGGUCAUCACUGACAUCGUGGAGGGUAAGAAGGUGGGCACCUUCUUCUCAGAGGUGAAACCUGCAGGCCCCACGGUGGAGCAGCAGACAGAGAUGGCCCGGCAGGGAGGACGAGCUCUCGCCUCGCUGCUCCCUGAGGAGAGGGGAGAGAUCAUCUGCAGGCUGGCCGACCUGCUGACGGAGAGGAAGGAAGAGAUCCUGAAUGCUAACAAGAGAGACAUGGAGCUGGCCACAUUAUCAGGUCGUCUUUCUGCGCCCCUGCUGAACCGGCUGAGUCUGUCCUCCUCCAAGCUGAACAGCCUGGCCAUCGGUCUGCGCCAGAUCGCUGUGUCGUCCCAGGAGAGUGUGGGCCGCGUGCUGCGCAGGACCAGGCUGGCCAACAACCUGCAGCUGGAGCAGAUCACUGUGCCCAUCGGGGUGCUGCUGGUCAUCUUCGAGUCCCGGCCAGAUUGUCUCCCUCAGGUGUCAGCCUUGGCCAUCGCCAGUGGAAACGCUCUGCUGCUGAAGGGCGGUAAGGAGGCAGCAAACACCAACAGGACCCUGCACCAGCUCACACAGGAAGCGCUGUCUCUCCAUGGAGUGAAGGAAGCCGUUCAGCUGGUGAGCACCAGAGAGGAGGUGGAGGACCUGUGCAGGCUGGACCAGCUGAUUGACCUGAUCAUCCCCCGGGGUUCGUCCCAGCUGGUGAGGGAGAUCCAGCGGGCAGCGCGGGGCAUCCCGGUGCUGGGCCACAGCGAGGGCGUCUGCCACGUAUACGUGGACGCAGAGGCCAGCAGUGACAAAGCCCUGGACAUCAUCAAAGACUCCAAGUGUGACUACCCUGCUGCCUGCAAUGCCAUGGAGACGCUGCUCAUCCACAGAGAUCUGCUGAGGACACCUCUGUUUGACCAGAUCAUAGACAUGCUCCGAGUAGAGCAGGUCAAGAUCCAUGCAGGGCCAAAGUUCGCGUCCUACCUCACUUUCAGCCCGUCAGAGGUCAAGUCCCUAAGGACGGAGUACGGGGACCUGGAGUGCUGCAUUGAGGUUGUGGACAGCAUGCAGGAUGCCGUGGACCACAUCCACAAGUACGGCAGCUCCCACACCGACGCCAUUGUCACUGAGAACGAGGAGACAGCAGAGCAGUUCCUGCAGCAGCUGGACAGCGCGUGUGUGUUCUGGAACGCCAGCACUCGCUUUGCUGACGGCUACCGCUUCGGCCUGGGGGCAGAGGUUGGCAUCAGCACAGCCAGAAUCCACGCCCGCGGGCCUGUGGGUCUUGAGGGGCUGCUCACCACUAAGUGGGUCCUGCGGGGGGACGGACACACAGCAGCCGACUUCUCAGAGCAGGGCAGCAUGAAGUUCCUCCACGAGAACAUCCCUAUUCCUCAGAGGAACCUCAGCUAGGAACCAUGCAGGUUCUGGACAGGAUUACCAGGAAUGACUAAUAACCCAGAGGUUUGUUAGCUCUACCACACUGAACUGUAAACACCCCCCCCCCCCUCCUGUUGCUACAGACUGCUAACACAGACCCCUCCUGUUACUACAGACUGCUAA